AUGUCGUCCCUCCCAGUCCCCGGUACGGUCAAGUUGGUCGAUCUUCAAGGCACGUCGAAUCUGCACCACGGGAAAAAUCAGAAGGACAUCAUCUUGGUCCCUCAGCCGACUGAAGACCCGAAUGACCCCCUCAGCUGGUCGUCAAGACGCCGAUUGAUUAGCACCCUUAUUCAGAUGGCGUGGACCUUGUUAGGCUCAGCACACAUCAACGGUCUCACUCCAGCGUACUUGCUCAUCCACGAAGAGACUGGAAUCACAAUUUUUCAACUUAACACCGGCAAUGGGUUGAUGUACCUGCUAUUCGGCUUCGCUAACUUGAUUACUCAACCGUAUGCACUCAACUAUGGUCGUCGUCCCGCGGCCGUCUUCUCAAUGCUUAUCACUUCCUUCCUUGUCCUCUGGAGCUCCUUCAUGAACUCUGCGGCCGAAUGGUAUGCCAACCGCAUCUUGAUCGGAAUCUCUUUCUCCGCUAUUGAGUGCCUGAUUGAGCUGUGCAUUACAGACACUAAGUUCAUCCACGAACGUGGUCUACAUAUGGGCUUAUAUAACUGGGGGCUCUGGGGUGGAGCUUUCAUAGCUCCGAUUCCUGCCGGGUUUCUUGCGGAAGCCGCAGGCUGGCGCUGGAUCAAUAGAAUGUAUGCCGUGGUGGGAUUCCUUCUCACCAUUGCAUGCUUCUUCCUGUUUGAGGAGACCAUGUUCUACCGCCCGCAUGUCGAUGGAAUUGUGGACGCGGAGGACGAUACCAAAAAAGCAGACGUCCGAGCCUUGGCGGAGAAGAAUACAGAUGACGAAAAAGCAUCCCAAUCAUCGGGACUUUCUGUCGAACAAGUCGGCGAGACGUAUCAAGUCAAGAGCUCUGUGCAGAAGUUGAAACUAUGGGGCCACCGCGACCCCCGGCAGCCGAACACCUUCAUGAAAUUUUUCUUUUUGCCUUUCGAACUUCUCCGGUAUCCCAGCAUUGUCUUCUCGGGUAUACUGGUUGGCGGCAUUCUCUCCUGGUUCAAUGUACUGCUUGGUACCAUUUCUUCGGUCUUCGAUGGCGACCCGUACAAUUUCAGUGCCAAUAUGGUCGGUCUUACGUACAUCGCCUGUUUGAUUGGGUGCACGAUUGGUUGCCUGAUCUCAGGGUGGCUCAAUGAUAGCAUUGCGACAUUUGUGGCCCGAAAAAACAACGGAAUCAAGGAGCCGGAAGCACGGUUAUGGGUGGCCAUCGUUCCAUUUAUCCUCCAUCCCGCAGGAUGCGUUUUGUACGGUGUGGGUGCUGCGAAAGGUAUCCAUUGGGUAGGGGUCUGCUUCGGCCUUGGGGUAUUGACAUGCGCAAUUGUUAUGGGAUCUGUCCUCGCUCUGAACUAUUGCGUUGAUUGUUACAAGGAGAUUGCUGGAGAGGCUUUGAUUACUGUUAUUAUCAUCCGGAAUUGCAUGGGAUUUGCUUUCUCAUAUGCAGUGUCGCCGAUGAUCGACAACUUGGGCCUUCAAGGAGCGUUCCUCCUGAUGGCAUUUUUGGGCAUGGGCAUCCAUGGUCUUUCUUUCGUCAUGAUUGCUUACGGCAAGAAAGGGCGAGAAAUUACAGCUCCGCAUUACUGGAAACUAGUUGAAGAGCAUGGCUUCCGUGCGCAUUAGUGCCGACUCUUUGUAUAGAGCAGAUGCUAUUGUGGGAGAGGGUUCACUUCUCUUCCUACCACUGGGGUGUUCAAUCACAC